CCACCCCAGCAUCACACCUUUGGCUGGGAGUCCACAUACGAUCAUUCAGACAUGGCGAGUAAGAAGGCUUCCAAUAAGAGACAAAGGGGAGCACAGAAGUCCUGUUCUAAUGUCUUCUCCAUGUUUGAGCAGAACCAGAUACAGGAGUUCAAGGAGGCAUUUGGCUGCAUUGACCAGGACAGAGAUGGUGUUAUCAAAAAGCAGGACCUGAAGGAAACCUAUGCACAGCUGGGGAAACUUAAUGUCAAAGAUGAGGAGCUGGAUGAGAUGCUGAAUGAGGGAAAGGGUCCCAUCAACUUCACUGUGUUUUUGACUCUUUUUGGGGAGAAACUCAAUGGUACCGAUCCUGAAGACACAAUCCUGGCUGCCUUCAAACUCUUUGACCCCAACGGCACAGGCUUUGUUAAUAAGGACGAGUUUAAACGAUUACUGAUGAACCAGGCUGAUAAAUUCACAGCAGAGGAGGUGGAUCAGGCCUUCGCUCUCGCCCCCAUCGAUCCAACUGGCAACAUCGACUACAAGUCGCUCUGCUACAUCAUCACACAUGGAGAUGAGAAGGAAGAAUCCUAACAAGGACUGUCAGGUCACACAGGUCAUCUCAACAUGCUCCCGACUGUUUCAUAGCAGCUGCUUGUAAUCAAAAACAUUCACGAUUGCUGGAAAAAUGCUGCAAUUUCUGACUCUUUCAACCUCCAACUGUUGUAAAUGCUGCAGUUUAGUUGGUGUAAAACUGGCUUAUUUGUUUCUAAGUUACUGAGAAUAAAGUGUUGGGCUCCUCAGAA